AUGAGAGCACGAGCGAGAGAACAGAGAGUGAGAGGGGGUCACCGCCGCAAUGUCGCUACAGCCGCUGCCAUCGCCUUCGUGGAGGAGGGAGUCCGGAGGAGAGAGAGAGAAAGACGAUUCACAGACGAGAUGGAGAGAGAGGACGAAGACGUGACGCGAGAGAGAAGGAGGCUGUUCCGUCGUGCACUGUCAUCGCUCCUGGGGUCAAUUGAAGCCACCGCCGCUGCUAGGGCUUGCCAUGCUCCUGUUCUCACUUUCGGCUUUGACUUCUUUGCUUCUCGCGGCCUCGGUCCAAACGACGUCGCAGCAGCAAUUACCCGCAAGAUGUCCCAACUGAACCCUAACUCCUCGCGAUGCGGCAAUUGCGGCGGCGGUGACUACGACGUCUCUGUGGUCAUCGAUUCGGGCUCCAGUUGCGCGCAGACGGAGGGUUCGGAAGCUCAGUGUCCGUUGAAGUGUGGUAAAGUUAUUUUUGGCGGGAAGUUGAGUGACGAAGAUUUUGAUGAGAUGCUGAAGCGUUGUUUGGGGAAUGUAGGCGGUGGAGGGAAGGGUUAUAGUGUUGUGGUUUUUAAUGGGGACAAGGAGGAAGGGGAAGUGAGGGCUGUGGUGGGUAAGUACCGGCAUGCGUGGGUACUCGGCCACGUUUCAGAGGAUGAGGCGGCUUCAAGAACAGCUGAGAUCUUUGCCAGGUUGUUUAUGAGUGGCGGGAGUGAAGGGAAUUCGAUUCGCAGUGAGUUCAUGCCGGUUGGUGCUGAUGGCAGGUUCAGUUUGCUCAAUUCAGAGCCACAAGAUUGGAUAUAUGAUUGGGGUUUUCAUGAAAUUGACAAGACUCUGUUGCAUCCUGUGAUCCAAGCUUUGCAACCUAUAGCAAACAUAACGGUUGAAAGCCAGGUUUUAUACUACACGCCAAAGUCUUCUUUUUCGUACUGGGAUGAUAUACACGGAAGCCACAUAUUCAGUACCAAAGAUCUUCCUUUCUUUCUUAAUUCAAAUGAGUGGCAUCUAGAUACUUCAGUUGCAGCGGGAGGGAGAUCUAAAGUAUUGCAACUUGUGGUGUAUAUACCAUCUGCAAAGGAAUGUCCUCUGCAAUUGGAGCUUCCAAAUAGAGAUCUCUCCAAGACUAAUGGCUUUAUAUCUCCUAUGUGGGGUGGUGUUGUUGUAUGGAAUCCCGAAAGUUGUGUAAAGGAUUUGGAGAGUAAAGAUCCAGACAGACGUGUGAUUUCUCCCCAGAUAGAGAAUAUUAUGCUAUUUGUUUAUGCUGGUAUACAUACAUAUCAUAAGUUCAGUUUCUGA